AUGGAGAAGGUCUCAACAUCCGCUGUUGCUACCAUUGUUGCUACUUCUUCUGAGCUAGCUGUUCCCCAUAACCUGAAACUGUCAAAGCGUUUCGUCUGUAGCGCGAUUCUAGGGUUUAACACAGUACACGCCAUGGAAACACGGCGUCGGCAGAACGUAUCGGAGGACCUUCUAACCGUCUCUCGGAGCAAUACACGAUCCUCGACCUUAGCGAACAAAGGAGAAAACUCAGCAGAGACGAUCCCAAUCGAUCUUAUUAUCGAGAUACUCUUGAAAUUGCCGGUGAAAUCCCUAGCGCGAUGUCGCUCGAUACUCUGGGACUCCAUCAUUCGCCGUCCACAUUUUACAGAGUUGAUAUUAAACAGAUCCUUGGCUCGACCAAGGCUCUUGCUCGCUCAGGUAAUAGAAGACGAUGUGUUUUUCUUUUCAUCGCCUCAGCUUCAAAAUCCGGAUGAGAACUUGUCUCCUGUAGCCGCCACUUAUCACAUGAAAUUCCAGUUUUAUGGUGGUUCUCGGCUAUUUCAUAAUAAUGUUCAUGGAUUAGUUUUUCUUAAGUAUAUGGAAAAGGGAAAGAAGGAUGAGGUGAUGGUGAUAUGUAACCCUAGCACAGGACAAUCAUUAACCCCACCGAAAGUGAAGACAACGAGGAUUGAUGUGUACAGCUUUUUGGGGUAUGACCCGAUUGAUAAACAAUUUAAGGUCUUGUCAAUGACAUGCUCAUUGCCUGAAAGGACCACCGAGCAGCAUCAAGUUCUGACAUUAGGAGGAACUGGGAAACUGUCAUGGAGAAUGAUUGAGUGUAGCUUACCCCAUUAUCCACAAAGUGAUGGUAUAUGUAUCAAUGGUGUUUUGUAUUAUAAAGCUAAGGUCUAUGGGGUUGAAAGUAAUAGUGGGAUAGUUUGCUUUGAUAUUAGGUCUGAGAAGUUCGAGUUGAUUCCAAAGUUUGAUUUCUUUACACCGUGGAUGUUAAACUACAUGGGUAGAUUAGCUAUACUCAAAUGGGACGAUGAUUUUCAGAUGGUAACAACUAUGAGUUUCGAGUUGUGUGUUCUUGAAGAUGCCAAGAAACAUGAAUGGUCGACGCGUACCUUUGUGCCGCCCGCUUUGUGGAACGAAGAUGUUACGUUGGACGUUGUUGGAUUCACCAGAAGAGGUGAAAUCGUCUUGUCUCAAUGCUAUUCAUCCAACCUUUUAUUCCUUAUCUACUACAAUCCCGAGAGAAGCACUCUUACAAAAGUUGAUAUCCAAGGAAUGGAUGCGUUUAAGCAUAACAAGGUUCACUUCUUUCUGGAUCAUGUAGAGGAUGUGAAGCUAGGUGGAGUGUUUAGGACAGUAUAA